ACGAAAAUUUCAACGGUCAACAUAUAGGAAGUUUCUGUGACAGAGCAAUCUCAUGUUCAACAAUCAAUACAAAUUGAACUUUAACAAUCUCUUCUAAACCAAUAUAGCUAGUUUUUGUUGAUUAAUGUUUAAACCAGAGAUAAAUUUUGCAGUUCCCCUACUUCCUAUUGUUGGGGAUGGCUUCUGUUUCCCUUAUCUUGUUAACUUAACUGUGAAGAGGAAAAUCUUGGGACUCUCACAACUAAAUAUCCAUGUUUUGGAUGAUACUGGAAUCUCUCUUCUUCAAGGGGAUGGAAAACUUUGGCAUCUUAGGAAGAAGAAAAGAAUCAUUGCUCAUCCUGAUGGUUUACCUCUCCUUACUCUCCGCGAAAAGACACUUUCAUGGCGUAAUACGUGGAAAGUUUAUCGUGCUGAGAGUUCAGACAUAAAUGAUCUGCUCUACACAGUCAAAAGAUCAAGCACAUUCCAAAUGAAAAUGCAACUUGAUGUGUUCUUGGCUAGCAAUAUCAAUGGAGAGUUAUGUGAUUUCCAUGUAAAGGGAUCUUUCACCAAUCAAUCUUUCAAAGUUUACAAAGGGGACACUUUGAUUGCUGAGGUGAAAGAGAGAUUCAAACUUGGAAGUUUCUUCAAAGGAAGAGAGAACUUUGAAGUGAGAGUUUAUCCUGGUGUGGAUUAUGCGUUUAUUGUCUCAAUAUUGAUAGUAUAUAAUGAAAUAUACGGGGAAUCAUAGAUACACUAUGUAGAUUGGCAGGUUUCUUUGCCUCUUUUCUCUUUAAUGUAUGUACAAGUGUGUAAAAACUCACAUCAUAUACUUAUAAAGGGAGUAAUUUAGCCUUUUAUGAUGUUAAUAAAUAUAUGGAUAGGUUUUCCUUGUUGGGGUUCUACUUAAACAAGAUGAGUGCAUCCAGUUGUGAGUUCUUCUUUCUUCCUUAUCACAAGUUAUUGAUCAUCUUCAAGCUCUGGUAUACUAAAAGAGAUUAAGAAUUAAGAUAUCCAGGACAAGAAAGGAGUGGUCUCGAUAAAUGAGUGCAUCCAGUUGUGGGUUUCUUACACUUUGAUUAUCGUUGUAUCUUGUUAUGACUACUACGAUUUAGAAUGAUUUGUGCAAGUUGUCUUUAGUAUUUGUUA